AUGGAUCGGGUUCCAGUUGUCAACUUCCUCUUCGGACUCCUGGCUUUGUUACUGCUGCAGGGCGUGAUCCACGUGGAAGGAAGGAACCUAUUCAGCGCAGGUAAGUUACGGCACCACUUUGUCGAGGGACGGUGCCCAACCAAUGCUUUCCUUUUUGCUCGUGCAGGUAACCGGAUGUUUAAUCCCAAAGAUGACGGGGACAUCCAGGGCAAAAUUCUAUCGUUGCUUCUCCACAAAAGCUCAGUUCCAGUUGAAAAGAACGAUCCUCCAGGUCUUGAACUGGUGGAUAAAUUAGCUGAAUUAGAAGAGUUGGAGGCACUGAGGGAAGGCCUGGAACUGGAGAAGGAACUCACCGUCAAUUUAAUAGACAAACCCACAACAAGGAAGAGAGGAGAACCCUGCUUCUGGAAGUACUGCGUGUGACAUGGCGGUCCUGAGGACGAGGACCACCGUGAAACCUUGCUGCAAAGCCCGACCUAGCCUUAACAACCCGUAUCACCUGUAAUGUGAACACUGUGUCAGACACACCGUAAUUCAUCAUCAGCAACUCAUGGCUCGUGUACAACUACUUCACGAUCUGCUCCUCCCAGGAAACACUUGAUGACUGCAAAGAGCUCAGCAGGGUUGUCGUUUGUCUCCCGCUUGUGUGUUUAUGUCGCCCUCUUGUGGCUGAGUGGGACAUAACUUGUUUUUUUGUCCAUCUGUCU